UGUGUCAAGGAAUAAUUUAAAAAAAAAACUAGACGACGAAGCGACUAAAGACCUUCCUCAUCAUUUUUCUCGCAAUGCAGGCUAUUGUUUUCUAUUAUUUGUACAAUUACAAAGGCUAUAAAGAAAUUGGAGGCGAGUUGAAAUCUCCCGAAAUAAUUUCAGGUGUCAACGACAAGGUAAUUUUAAACGUAUUGAAAGAGUUGAGAAAGCCAGUUCAAGAUACAGAUUUUGGCUGUAUCUUCAAAGGGGACAUUAAAAACAAGUCAACAUGGCAGUUUGACUUUAGUGGAUUACCACAACGGAAAUUUGGACAAAGCUAUAUUGAGCAAACAAGUUUUAAUCCUGUAGGUGAAAAUUGGGACUUCUACAAUCCAAUAGGGUUUGUAAAAGGUGGACUAAUCUUAUUGGAGGAUUACGGUACUGGUGUAUUUCAAAGAUUUGCAAUGCUUCACAAAUUGGAAAAGAACGACCAUGUAUUUUUUGAGGUUGAUGGUGAAGAGCUGAUUGAAAUACCGGUUUUCCUAAACAAAACUUUUCUGUACCCAUUUCCAAGGCCAUUUUUGCGAUUAAAUGAAGUAGGCAAAGAAAAAGCUGGACUAUAUAUCACUCAUCCAGUGUUUUAUAUGAAAAGUUUCCGUAUAAUUAACAAAUGGCCAGGAAGUGAUCAAUUUGAAACUGAAAGUGCGUGGAAAAGUUCGUUGGAAUGCCGCAAAAGAAGAAAAGUUUGUGAUAACAUGAUUUACUAUGGUGUUACUUUGAACAAACUUGUACAUGGAAGUAAAAUUAACACCUACUUUAAGGAUUAUGUUUCAAAUGGAGACUAUUCAGGAAAAGAAAAACAAUUGCAGGGGUUGACCAACGCGCUGUCAAUCAUGGCAGAUAAACCUGAAAGAUUUGCUCCAGGUCUAGGUUCAAAAUGUUCUCUUUUUUGUGAAAGAGUUGAAUCAAAAAGUGAACUAGUUUUGUUUGAGAAAAAUAACACAACCGAAGUAAUCCAGUCGAUACGUCUUCGAGUUUACGAUAUGGUAGACGGGCAAAGUAAAAUUUCAAAAAAUUGGCGAAGGAUUCUGAUAACAAUGAAAUGGGAUGACAAGAACCCUCAAGUUUAUGAGAUUCCAUUAGGUGGAAUAUUUAACACUGGCCUUGAUUAUAUUCGGGAGGUGAAAAGUUUGACGACUGGCCUGAGGAAUUUAAGCUGUGAAUUAAGAGGUGAAGAAACCUUAAAAACGAGAAAAUUUGAUUUCACCGCUUAUCUGUUCUAUGAAAUGCCUUUUUGGAAGUCUGCAAAAAUUAGUGUAAAAGUACAUGAAGGUUUUAAGCCUGCAGUGAUUUGCUCACAGAUCUCUUCAAAAAAGUUGACUUUUGAAAAGUAUAACUUUCGUUUAACAGGUUAUUUUAGUGCUAAACUAACGCAGCAAGUACUUUAUCGUGAAGAAAAUAAAGAACUUUUAUGGUUGAAAAGUCAAUGGGGGCAUGUUGUAGCAAUCAAUUUCUUUCUAAGAAAAUAUGCCUAUCAUAGUAUAAUAGAAGAAGAUGUAUUGAUUGAAACAAACGAUGCAAUUGCACCAAUAAUUUCCGGCACUGGUCUAGAAGAUUUUUUUCACUAUUUUCAUACUUUUGAAAGUAUGAUAAAUACAACAGCACCAUUUAAUGGUAACCCACACUUGUCAAGAAAUGGAAAACAUUGUUCAAUCAACUGUUUUCGUCAAAACACAAUGGAUCCAAUUUUGUUUACCACGGGAAUUCGCAUUUAUCUUGAAUCGUUUGCAAACCAGAGACGUAAGAGUUAUCGAAAGUUUCUCAAAACGUCUUCUUCCAUUAAUCAAACUUUGUCUGCAGAUUCUCUAUACACGAUUGUAUUGUAUUAUGGAAACAAAGGAAAAGGGGGAUUAUAUACUGAUAAAUUAAUUUAUUACAAUGAUAUGCAUGGUUUAUCAAAGCGAAUCAGUUUUUUUCCUAAAGAAGUUAAAUUUUUCCCUGUUAGAAGUAUGUUUGAAAAUCAAGUUGGUGAAUUUUUCAACAGAAUGGUUGUUUCAAUGGAGCCAGGGCAAACUGCAAUUCAUUCAUUACUCAUAUUGCCUAAUAAUGUUGGCGUCAUUCUUCGUCGAGAGUAUCACUCAAUGGUUCCAAACCAAAAAGCAAAAGUAACAGUUGAUGGCAAAGAGGCAGGAAUAUGGUUUUGCUCACAAAGGGCAUUGACAAAAGAUUUUUCUCUAAGACAAAAUGAUUAUCUUAUUUCUCCCGAGCAAACUGCUGGGAAAAGAUCAAUCAAAGUUAUGUUAACGGCAAUAACAAGAUGGGAAACCAUUUCUAUUAAAGUACUUACUGUUCUUUUAACAAACUAAUAUUAAACGAAAGAUCUUUUCAUUUGAAAAAACAAACAUUGUCAUGUAUUAGCUUUAAGCAAAUGUAAAAGAGUGUUUAUUCAUUGCAUAAAAAAAGGCCUUUACUUUUUGCAAAUGUAUUCAAAUCCUUUGAUUAAAAUUUUUAAAAUCAAA